AUGGCUCCCUCCAUGGCUAUAUUUACACUUAACAGACGACUUCAGCAAUCCACUCACUUGGAACACAAGAAUCAGAAUUGCAUUGGGAACCGCUCGGGCUAUCGUGUUAGUUUAUAUCUCCCAUAUAGUACCUGUGUACUGAAGUACCUCUCCUCCUUUAUUGCACAAGAAUAUAUCAAGUCCUCGAAUAUUUUGCUUGACAAUGAUCUGAACCCUCGUCUCUCAGACAAUGGUUUCGCAUCCUUUCACCAGCGUACUAGCCAAAAUCUUGGGACGGGAUAUAAUGCACCAGAGUGCACAAAACCUUCAGCUUUUACACAGAAGAGUGAUGUAUAUACAGCUUUGGGGUGGGUGCUUACUAAGGCGCAAAUGGAGGUGCAAACACAGAUCGAGAAGGAAGGAGAAAGGAGAAAGAAGUGA